GCAAAGGUAAGACUGUUUGUCAAGAACUUUUCUUUGUGCCUCAGCAUCCUGAUGACUAAAAGAAGUGACACAGAAAGCCUGCUUGCUCUUUCCCUUUUCCUAUUUUUUGCCGAAUCUCUUACAAUGGCAGAGAGGUCUCGUGGUUCUGGCAACUCCCAAGGAGGCCGAGGAAAGAGCAAGAGAGAGAUCCUGAGGUCCACCAAGAGGGCCUGGGCUCCCCUGGAUGAGCAGCUGCUCCCGGGCCCCAAGGAGGACAGCCGGAGACUCACCAUUCCUCUGCUCGAAGAAUCCAAACAAGCCAGUAUUCAGCAGUGGCUGGACUCUGGAUUCUUGGUAAAUGAAAACUUUCAGCAAGUCAUCGACCACACUGUUUCUUUGCAUGAACAAGGAAUGGUACACAUAACUGUGAAGGACUACCUGAGAUCUCUGCAUCCGUUUUCAGAAACUCCCACCCUGUCCAGAGGGACCAGUUUCAACUCUUGCCACUCUGCUGCAAGUAUACCACAAAGCAUUCCUGAAUGGCUGGAAUUUUGGGAAAAAGAUCCAGUGGAGAUUCUCUUGGAUCUGGGGUUUGGUGUGGAUGAGCCAGACAUCUGCACACAGAUCCCAGCCAGAUUCCUGGGUUGUAGCUCAGCAGCCAGAGGAAUCAACAUCCGGGUUUUUCUUGAAGCUCAAAAGCAACGAAUGAACAUUGAGAACCCUGACUUGUAUGGACGUUUCCAACAACUGGAGAUCCUGGACCAUGUAACCAAUGCCUUCUCAUCCUUGAUGAAUAAUGUUAACAUCCUGCAGAACAAAGCUGAAGAGAAAGAUGGAGGGGAAAAUGUGCAAAGAACCUCAGUGAGUGAAGCCAAAGAACAUCGAAGAAGAAUGGGUGAGCUUUUCAGUAGAGCUUCAAAGCAGAGCAUUAGGAGAGAUUGCAGCCCAGAAGCGUCUGAAUCAUUGAAGAUGAGGGGCAAAUGUUCCAUCACCUCUGCAAAAUCAGGAGAGUUCGGAGCAGAGUUAACAGUUGUGACAAACGACCAGGACCAAAGUCCUUUGUCUCCUCCAGCAGAGCACUCCUCUCUCCAAACCUGUGAUGAUUUGGUACCUUGUCAUUCUCCCCAAGCUCUUCUGAGCAAGCAAUGGCCCCGCUCAUCCACACUGGCCAAGAGGGCUCCUCCUUCCUGUAUGUUGGAGGGGUCAGUCAAGGAUAGAACUCAAAAGGUGAACUCUCUUCAAACUACCAAGCUCAAGAGCUUGUCUCGUCUUGCAGGCAAAGCACUGGACUCCUUUGAAAUGGAAGAGGUCCAGAGCUUUGAUGAAGAGACUGGUAAUCCUCUUGACAUGAUGUCGGGAAUUGCAGGUGCCACAGUGAACCGAGAAAACAGCUGCCAGUCUGACAGCAGUGGGUUCCUGGAUGAACCACUGGAGCCCCUGCCCCUGCAGUUGCCUUCCUUGCCAAGCAGCCAGAAUCCUGCUGAGAAUGGAUGUAGAAAGCCAAGGGAUCAGAGCCAGUGCUUGGUGUCACCCCAGUACUGCCAGCAAGAGUCAGAUGAAUCUGAUUCCAAGAGUACGGUGAGCGCUUCCUUUUCAAAACAAGACUGGAGUAUCUGGGAGGAAAAGGCCUCAAUAUCCAUGGUAGAGAAAGAGUCUCAGUUUGAGGAUAUGGAGAAGCCACAAGAGCCAUUGGCCCCAGAUACAGCCCUUGACAAAACCAGCAGACGGGGAGAACACCCAAGGAAAGACAGCCGUCUGAGGCAGUACCUACCCAUGCCCCAAACUGAAUAUGAGGCCAUCAUGGGCACAGUUACCUCCAGAUAUGACUGUCCUCUGGGGUUUAUGGUGACCCACAUCACAGAAGUGAAGGAUGGGUUUCUGAAGCUUGAGGGGCCUGGAGAAGCAUACAUGCAAAGCCACCACCACAAGUCCCAAAGAUCACCUGGAAUUGAUCCUGCUCAAAAGUGCCGUCAUGAUGACUCUGAGGACCCAAGAGGAGCAGAAAGCAACAAAACCUAUACUGACACCAACAACAUCUCACUGAUAGGAGAAAGCCCACCACAGGACAUCUCCAAGCCCAGUAAUGUCCUGUCCUAUACAGUUGACAAUAUUCAAACAUCUGAAAAGUCCAUUCUCCACCUAGAUACUCAGCAAGCAAAGCCAGUGUGUCCUGCUUUGGGUCAAGUACCACAUAGAGCAGAAUCUGAGAUGGAAAAGCUUCCUCCAAAUGCUGACUCAAACACUGUUGGUUCCAGGUCUGUGACAAUCCAGAUGUCCUCCAAUCUGGCAUCGGCUGCUCAGAAUGCUGUGGCUUUGGGGGCUGAUUCUAAAGGAAUGACUUUAGAAUGCACUAUGGGUGACCCUGUUCCCACCACAGAACCAAGACUGGAGACAAGAUCAAGAGAGUGCCGUGAUGUUUCUGUUCAGGCCAAUAUAUGUGAGCCUAGGCCCUGGCAUUGCUGUUCAGCUCCAAGUAACAAGGCCCAGUACCUCACCAAAUCUGUCUCUCUAGACACAGCAGCCAUUUGUCACACUGUACCUGCCCACUGCUGUGUCUGCUGUCAUCACCAUCCCCACUGCCACUCAGAGGGGCAGAGCCCCAGCUCUGUGCUCUCAGCCUGUAGGCACUGCCCAUGCUCAGAUGAUCAUCUGGAAGCCCAGUUCAUUAAGACGUUGAACAUCCUUCAGGACACUACAGUGAAGGAGCUGUGUUCUUGCACGGUCCACGAGAUGGAAGCGAUGAAGGCGGUGUGCCAGAGUUUCCGGGAGCAUUUAGAGGAAAUUGAACAGCAUCUUACAGGACAGCAGGCGCUCCUUUGCAGGGACAUGUCAGAGGAGGAAAGGGAAGAGGCGGCACACCUGCAGACCCUCCGCCGGGCCCUGCGGCAGCAGGUGGAGGAGCUUGAGUUUCAGUUGGGAGACCGGGCUCAGCAAAUCAAAGACGAGAUACUAUCGCAGCUUGAGCUUCUCACCGAGGAGCAACCUGAACACUAUACAAACCUGCAUGACUGUAACUGGACAGAAGAAAAGAAUGGCCACACUUCGUGUGCUAAAAUCCACCGGGCCCUGGGCCUCCGGGUUGCCUUGCCUCCCCGUGAUGGCCGGCAGGCUGCCAGCUCCAGUGUGACCCAUCUGGCUGCCUUUUCUCCACCCACCUUGGAGAGCAGCCCCAAGAUGUCUCCUUCAGCUCGAGCAGAGUCAGGUCCAGCCCCUCUGUCAAACUGUCCUACUGGAGAAAAGGGUACAAACAUCUUCCUCUAGAUCAGAGUGGGUUUGAUGGCCUUCCAACACAAUGAGCACAUUCUAGCCAGACAGGGAAAUCUAAGUUGCCCCCGAGAAGUGUCUAUCAACCCUUCUUCAGCUUUUUAAAAAUAUAUAUUCUAUGCUGCGUUUCAACCCAAGAGAAACUCAAUAUUUCAAUAUUUAUUCAAUACAGACUAAGUGAGCACCUACUAUGUGGCUGGCACCAGGGAAUACACAGUGGCCAAGAUAUAUGGUAUCUCUAGGUAUAAGUGAAAUUUGCCCUGUGGAAAUUUAGAGUCUGCUGGGGGAGAUGAAUGUGGACACGCAAAGACAUGUGGAUUUGAAACUGUGAAAAUGCUCUGAAGGAAAUAACAGGGUUUUAUGAAAGAGAACAUAGCAGGGAAUCUGAUCGAGAUCAAGAUGUCAGGAGGGCCUGGUUUGAGGAAGUGACAACAGAAGAGAGAAAGAAAAUCCAGGCCUCAGAAGGACCAGACUUUCUAAUGGCCUGAGGCAGUCAGCCCCUGGAAGCAUCGAUGAAGCUCCUACCUUGUGCCAGGAAAUCCUCUCAUGCUGGAGACAGCUGUGAAUAAGACAGACGUCCUGUUCAUAAAGAGUUGGAUGGAGAGGGAAGAAAAUGGGAACAGCAGACAAGAUAAUUUCAAUAUUGGCAAAUGCCAUGGAGAAGACAGUGUGGGAAUAUUGUAGAGACUGGCGUGGAGAAAAAGCAUCCGGCAUUCCUUAGGGUGACGGCCAAGGCCUUGCUGAAAGGAGGCUCUCUGGCUACGACCUGAAUGGUGAGGAAGAGGAAGCCAUGUGAAAUCUGAAGAAGGAACCUUUAAAGCAGAAGAAAUGGGAAGUUUAAAAGCCCUAAGACAGAACCUAGCCAGAGGCGCUGAGCACAUGAGUGUUGGGAACGUGGAAGAAAGAGGAAGUCCAGGGGUCAACUCUGUGCUGGAGUCUGAGAGCCACGAUCCUUCUUCCACAUGGAAGCAUUACGGGUUCUAAGCAGGACUGUCACAUAGUCUGGUUUACAUUCAACAUCACACGGACGGCCUGUGGGGAACACACCGCUGGGGACUUGCAGCUAGGCAGCCCUCCCAGUGACGAGGCUGUUGGUGUAGUCCCUGCUGUGAGAAGCAGAGUGUCAAGUUGCUUCCAUGCAGCUAGGGAGGCUUGGGAGCCCCCACCCCACUGAACCGUGGGAUGCACUGACAGUCUUGAAGUACUGGAGGAAUUCUAAGGAAAGGAGAAUGCAUGAAGAAUGGAAGAGUCAAGAAAUGUCAUGGAAAAAAAUAAUCCUUUGAGGGAAGUAAUGAUGUGUAAGAGAUGUGCAGGUGGAGGUCACUUCCAAGCAAAGAAACUAAGAAGCUUUUUCUUUUAAAACUACCCACUACUAGAAUGGACCUCCUAGCCCAUCUCGUGCUUCAUCCCCCUUGCUUCUUGGAAACCCUUUGGCUUCGGUGGAACCCUCCGGACCAUCCCACAGUUGACUGCACUUUCUCAGAGUAUGAACAUCCUCCUGCCAUCCUUAAUUCUCUUCUUUUUCGCUCUCCACACCUACUUCCCCAAUAUACGCAGUUCACAGGUACCUAUACCUCCAGUUCUUGCCCUCUCCAGAAUUCCUGUCCAGAAUUUUCUACUCUCAAUAACACAUUUUCACCCUGAAGACUUGCCUGUAUGUCUCGCUCAGCAUCUAACACUGAUCCUGUCAUUUCCCUGAGUCAGUUCAUCUUCCUGAUACUUCCUGGUCCAUGGCAUUGCCGUACUUCACGUGCAGACUCAGAGCCACAAGUUCACAUUGUCUCUUCGUCCUCCGUUACCUUCUUCCCUCAGAAUCAACAAUCACAUCACUGCUGAGUGUACUGCCACAAUGUCAUUCCCAGAAGCCCCUUCGAAACCUAUUACUUGGUGAAGACCCAACUGAGGGGCCUCCUAACUGCCUCUAGCUUCCUUCUCUCUGAGCUAUGCUGGCCUCUGCCAAAGUGGUCUCCCUGAGGCAUCACUUGGGUCAUAUUACCCUGGCCUAGGGUGAGUAGCCAGGGAACACUUUUAGGCUAUUCUAGAGAAUUAGAGACAAGUCACAGGAUCACUUUCCAGAGCAGUCUUGCACCAAACAACCUCUGUGCCCUGCAAUUGUUAUGUCCCUCUCUUACUCUCCUGCUGCCUCGUUUCUCUUGAACACAUCCCUAUUUUGGCUCCUGCAUCAUGGUUCAGCUUCCAGCCCCAACUUGACUCCUGGUAUAUUGCAUUUGUACUCCCCCCCAAGACUGCUUCCCUUUCUAAACUUUUUAAACUUUUUACUCUUUCCCUCGGUCAGACUCUAGGCUCCCUGGUUUAUCUCCAUUUCUCCAAUAUAGACUUCAAAAAGGUUGCUGUGUUUCUGCCUUGACAAUCAGGCAGAUGCCUUCAGAGAUGAUGGAGGUAGAAAAGGAGACCUAUUGCCCUCAGAUGAAGGGCGGCAUGUGGAACCCCCAAGGAUCACUAAACAUCUCAUGGCAUUUCCUUAUUUAUUCUCUGAACUCUCCAACAAAGAGCACAAAAGGGGAACCAAGAUAUAGAGAGCUGCUUGUCCCACCCAGAACCUUUCCUAUCUUUAGUUCCUCAAUGACCUGAUUACCAACACUAGUUCCAAAUACCAUCUCCUAUAGCUCAUGCCCUUCCUCCCAUAGACAUGAGACCUCUAGAAGCCCAGCCCAUCUGAUGACCCAUGGGUUAUGUACUAGUGUCCCCCAUGGUUCUCUAUCCUGAAUACCCUCUAGGCUCACAGGGGAGCUUUAAAAAAUACUGACAUUAAAGCGUCACCCAAGAUCCACUAAACAAGAAUCCCAGGGAUGGGAUCCAGGUAUCCAUCCGUAGGCUUUAAAAGCUUCCCAGAUGAUUCUGACAUGCAGUUAAAAUUGAGGAUUGUCGGGAUCCCUGGGUGGCUCAGCAGUUUAGCACCUGCCUUUGGCCCAGGGUGUGAUCCUGGGGUCCCAGGAUCGAGUCCCAUAUCAGACUCCUUGCAUCGAGCCUGCUUCUCCCUCUGCCUGUGUCUCUGCUUCUCUCCCUCUCUCUGUUCGCUCAUGAAUAAAUAAAUUAAAAUCUUUUUUUAAAAAAUUGAGGAUUGUUGUUCUAGAUGAAAAGGCUACCCUACAAUUCCAUUUUACAAUUCCAUUUUUCCUAUUGUUUUUCUAGGGACUCUCUAUUCUUUUCUCAUUUUUCUUUCUAUACUACCCCUCUCAGCUAAAAAGUUUUUCACAAUUUAUUGGCGAUCCCUGAAUAACAAAGGAGAAAGGAAAAAUGAUGUGUGGACUUUAUUUCUAUUUUUACAACAUUGACUUCUACCUUGAUCAUCAAUUCCUACAUUUCAUCUUUAUUUAUAGAGAAGUAGUAAACAGAUGACUGUAUUUUGUCUUCCUUCCUUUCCCAAAAGUCCUCUUCCAAAUUUGACAAACGAGAUUAAAUAUACAUCUUUGAUUAGGUAGAUCAGGGUAAGGAUUAUUUGUUUCUUUAACACCUUCCUUCUCUUGCAGGAAAUGUCUGUAUAAAAUAGCCAAUUACAAAAAUUAUGGAAAUGUAGGUAGUCUUCUAAAGGUAUAUGGUUGUUCCACCACUAGGACACAGCACAAACAUUCUAGAAAGGUGAGCAAUUAGACAAAUUGCCUACAGUGUAAACAUUAAAUGUAAACGUAAAACUGAGUGUUUUGAAUAUUAUUUAUGGCACACGAGGUAUGAAGCAAGUCUCUCAAGGAUAGAAUCUACAACAAGCACUCAGGUGACUCAACUGCUCUGAUUUAUGAUGUCCCCUAACUUUCAUCCUUCCACCUUUUCCAUAAAUAAGCUUCAAAAAUGCGUGUGUAUAUCAUAGUAUGUAUAACAGCUACCAUGUUUCACUCGAAUAUCAAUGUACUCAACUUAAGGCAUCAUAAAACAUUAUGGUUAUGGAAAGAAUGUCAAAGUGUUUUCUGGAAUUACCCACAAAGUAAAUGCCUUCCCUCUCGAAACUUAUGGCAUCCCUACUGGCCUAUUCUUUUAUAUCAGUGUGUGAUACACAAUGUUCUGUAUCAAGCACUUACAUUAUAAUCCCUUAUUUUCAAAAAAGGGUUCACAGCAAAACUGCUCACUGGGCUUAGGGAAAAUUUUUUUUUAAAGAUUUAUUUAUUUAUUUGAGAGAAAGAGAGAGAGAGCGCGUGAGAAGGGGGAGGAACAGAGGGAGAAGAAGGGAAAAGCAUGAAGCCCAUUCAGAGUUUGACCCCACAAUCCUCAGAUGAAGAUGCAACCUGAGCCUAAACCAAGAGCCCAGUGCUCAACCUCUCAACUGACCCAGACACCCAGGUGCCCCUUAAUUUAGAAAAGUUUUUUCUAGGAAACCUAACUUAAAGCUAAAUAAGAUUUCCUUUUGGAGUCCAGAUGUAUUUUGACAAAGUUCAGAUGUGUUUUUGACCCGAGUUGCUUCCACACAAACAUGAAAAUGAAGAUUUGGAGGUGGGUUUUUUUUUUUUUUUUAAGAUUCUAUUUAUUUAUUCAUGGAGACAUACAGAAAGAGGCAGAAACACAGGCAGAGGGAGAAGCAGUCUCCCUGUAGGGAGCCCAAUGUGGGACUCGAUCCCGGGCAUGCUCUGAGCCAAAGGCUGAUGCUUAACUGCUGAGCCACUCAGGUGCCCCUGAAGAUUUGGAGGUUGUCAGUUUAUAUGAUCAAACUGGAUAAAAUGGGCAGACCAUGCAGGUCACCAUUUGUUUAUACAAAAAUAAGAAUCUUUGCACAUGACAGGCUUUACCUCAUUUGAGUCUCUCGGUGCUAAGGGAAGUAUUCCCCAUUUAAACACUGAGGAAGCUCAGAUAUGGAGAGAUUGACCUACACAAGCACACAGUGAGCCUUAUGUUUUAUCAUUAAGAAGUAACUGCAUGCUACGGCUAAGAGCUCAAGCUCUGGAGUUAAAUCCAGGCUUUGAAAUUUAAAUCCAACUCCAGUACUUAUUCUGUGUGUUGGGCAAACUAAUUAACCCCCUAAGAUUCAGUGUUAUCCUCUAUACAUUAUCAGAGUUAAUGCAUAUACAGCCCUUUAGAACAGGCCUGGAACUUGGCUCAGGAUGAUUCCAUACUGAGUCUGGCUCAGUAUGAUUGGGAUUCUGAUGACAAUAGCAACAAGAAUAGAGACAGCUCUGUAAUAGCUACUUCCAUGCAAAGUAUUGGGCUAGACAUCAUAUGUGCAUUAUCACUUAUCUUUGUAACAAUCCUGAAAGGCAAGAAUGAAAACACACACACAUACACUCAAAAAGUUAGUAAAUUAUCUAAGUUCUGACAACUAAUAAGAGAUUGAGUUGACUCUGAUUCCCUGCUUUGCCAGUGGUUCUCAUUUAUGGCUCUGUCAAGCUUUGGGCUUACGUGGAGAAACUGAUGGUCCGAAUCAACCGGAGUAGCCCUGUUUCUGAAGACAUUGUACAGUAGGCUUUAGCAGAGAUUUUUCUUUGAAAAAAAAAAACCCAUUACUAUAGAGAAGUUUGAAAAGCACUGUACUAUGCUAAUCACACAUGACUCUUACAGUCAGAUACAGGUUCUGAGUUGCUUUCAUACAAGAAAAUGACUUCCACAACAUAGGAAUCCUCCAGAACAUACCAUCCUAAAAACUCAGCUUAGUGCCACUUGUCCCACUGACAGGAAUAAUGGCAAGAGUUCCUUUGCAGCCUCUGAGUAAUUGUUUGGGGAAUCUUUUUGUUCUAUCAUCAAGUUCCAAGAUCCUGAAUUCUCUUUCUUUGACAGUUAACUCUAUUAAAGUUGACUAUAUUCAGGAGAACCCAGAUCACAUAUUUGAAAAACAGGAGAUCAUCGCAAUAUUUGUCGAAAGUUAAAAAGAGCAAACUCUUUAAUUCUGAAACCCAACUCAGGGUUGGAGUCAUUUUGUUUCAAUGAAAAAGAUGGAAAAGGUAAAACCAUACUACCUGUUUAUUUUCAAAUUUAGAAAUUGGCAAAGGAACUAUUUAUCCUCUUGUAUAUCAAAAGACUUGGGUCACUUCCCUGUAUUAAUUACAUUCUAUCCAGAUUCCAUUUCAAUAUUCAAAGCCAAAGCUUUGAAUUGAGAAGACUGACUUGAGAUACAAUAUUGGGAACUCAAGUCACAUACUUUCCUUGGUUUUGUUAUGCAUGAGUGAAGACCCAGUUUGCAUGAUGAAGACAAAAACCUUGAAGACUGCUUUGAAUUACAGCGUAUGCAUAGGCUGUGUAGAUUUGUCUAAGAAAAUGUUUUUUUUUUUUUUGUUCACAAAUAAACAUUUCCCAGAAAAGUG